AUGGAAGCACGAAAUCGAGAAGCACUGAUAAAUGAUCUAGCGCAAAGUAUAGCUAUUUCCAAUGGAAUAGCAUUUCUAGUGGGUGCAAGACUCAUCGAGUAUCAUGACUUUAGUCACAUUAUUUCGGAGCAGUCUGUACGAACAGGACAGCUGCCAGACAAGAUCGGGCAGAUGCUUCACAACUUAAUGAUCUUUAGCAUUUCUUAUGAUAACCUCAUGCAGUGUCUUCGUCCGUCCAUGACCUCGUCUUUCUUUCAGGAGGGGCUGAGGAUUGUAGCGGAUUUUGUCGCUAGAAUUUUGCGCUUUCAGCCACUGACAACUCUGCUAGCCAUCUAUAAAGCUAUUAUUGGCCUGUAUUGCGAUCUUUUGGGCCAGUACGACCCCAAUUUGUACUUCAACGGAGACAUCUUCACGGAAGAUUGGGCCAUUCAAGAUAGAAUUUUAACAACCACAAUAACCACAUUUGUGGAGCGCCGCUUUGGAUUUUCUGUUCCACGCCAAUAUCCGGGUGCGAGAGGCGCUCUGGACGUACCAGAUUAUCUUUCACUAUCUACUCAGUGCAAGACACAUCUUGGCCAGCAGACAAGCGGUCCUACAGAGUGGCAUCAAUCGACACAAGACCUUACACCAAACUAUACGCCUACUGAUCCAGUGUAUGGUGCACAUAUCUCCAGGCCAGGCAGUCAUAGCCACAGUCGCUCCCGGACAUCCCCUGGUGUUCGGUUUGCAUCUGGUACCUCUGGCGACACGUCAAGUAGCAAACUCAGCGUCAGCCAUCUUGUAUCCACCAAACCAGCUCUCCGCCCUGGUACUGGCUCCAUCUCCGCCCAAAGGUGUCCAUCAAGAUCGAAAUCUCCGGCAAUCUACACUCCCCAGAGUCUUCAUUUUCAAUACUCCAGUAAUCAGCCCUCUGUUCCUGCGCAUCAAAGGUUGAACGAUGAGCAGGAACAGGAGAGCCAAGACAGCACACUUGACACUGCUCAAUCAUGGCUAGAUAAAUGCACAGCAGAGUUAGUAUUGGAGAGAAACCGUACCCAGCAGCAGAUAUUGUAUGAUCAAUUCAUACUCAUGAUUGAAGGAACUUUGAAAAGGCUGAAAUCCUUCAAGGUUGACGCUAGGAGUAGAUCCCCAGAAGAUAUUGACGAUCUUCUUUCACAAAUAACAGAGAAGACCAUUCGCCAGGGUAAAGCAUCCAUGCCGGAUGCAAUUUUGCGCGAAGAAAAUGCAAGACUUAAGAGUCAGCUACAAGAGUUGGAGGCCACUACUGCAGAGAUUUCUCGAAAGUAUAAGGAAAAGGAAAUGACUUGUGAGGAGUUGUCUUCUCAGUAUAGCUCUAUGAAGGAGCUUAACGAAGCCUUGCAUAGAGAGAAACGGGACAACCUUGAGCAGACACGAUCUUUGCAGGAAAAGCAUACUACCACUGAGGAAGAUCUGGCUAGGCAAAAGCGCCUAAUAAAGGAUCUCGAAAGCAGGUUAGAGGCCUAUAAAGAUCAACUAGUGAGCUACGAAGCUCAGCUGAGUGAAAUGAACAUAAAACUAGGCUCCUCGAAACAUGAAACAGCCCUUCAGGCUGAACUGAAAGAGGCUCUGGAGCGUACGCUGAAAAACUACGAAGCUGAAAACAAGCUGUUAACGGAGACUCUGACAUCGAAGCAGGAGGAGAUCAGCCUCUUGCAGAAUAAGCUUACCACUCAAAAUGCAUCAAUAAUAAAGAGUAGCGGAUUGAUCACAAGCCUUCAAACAGAUUUGGCCGUAAACGAAACCACAUCACAGGGCCGAGAAAAGGAACUCAUGCAGGUGCAGGCACGUUAUGAAGGGUUACUUCAGGAACACACGUCUCUUAAGUCAUUGUUUGAAACAGAGAAGAAAAACUAUUCGGAGACAAUUGCCUCACUUUCAUUGACGCAAAAAAGACUGACAGAAGCUGACGAAAAAUGUAAGGAGCUGACAGAGACAAACAGCAUUCUAAAGAACAGAUUGGGUGAAAUAGAAGCAAAAGCAUCCACAGACGAAUCUCUUGCUAAGCGGCUUACACUAGAAAACACGCAGCUGCGGGGCGAGCUGCAAUUGGCUCAAACGACGCUCCUGGAGAUAAAAACCAGUAUGCGCUCUGCCAGUAACAAGCACUCUGCCUCACAAUCCCCCACACAUUCUGUGUCUCCUCAACUUGGCGUUCUCUCUAGUGAGCCGUCUAGGGAAAGCAUGGAAUUGAUCAAACAGAAUAAUGAGCUAUCUGCAAAACUCCUUCAAUUACAGACUGAGCGGCAGCAGCACGUGGCCGAAAAGGCUGACCUAGAAGCGCGAUUAAAGGAGACUCAGGACUCCUUAGCUCAUUCAUCUGCUGAGACGGCUGCUCUCCAAAAGCAGCUCCGGCAAAUAAUGACGGCCCAGCAGGCAAUGUUGGCAAAGAGGGAAGAAGACGCGGAGACAGGUGUGGCUUGUAAGGAAGAGCUGGGCAGAGAAAAUGCGCAGCUCAAAGUCAAAAUUCUCAAUCUUGAACGCCUUCUCGCUAACAGUGCAUCUGAGACUGCUGAUCUAACUGCUCAAUUAACUGAGAAAAGGACACAAAUAGACAUUUUGAACGUCACACUGUCUGAUCUGAAGAAGGAAAUCUUCGAGCUUACCAAUACCAGGACUGAUUUACUACAACAGUUGGAAGUAGCUAACGCAUCUCUUAAAAGGUUGCAAGAAGAAACCGAGUAUCUGCGUGAAAAUCAGCAGCGACAGUCCCAGCAAUCUACAGACGAGUUAACUGCAGCUAGGGAAAAAAUCAAGGAAGCAAGGAACCUGGAACACAAACUAGGAUCUCUAGAGGUGGAUCUCCGAUCAGAAAACACCCUGCUGCAGGAUCAGCUUAAAGACCUUUCAUCUGCACAUAUGGAUGCCUUGUCCAUGAUAGAGAAGCUCAACGAGGAGAACAGGAACUUGCGACAAGAUCUAAAUCUUCUGACAGAAACCGCACACAAUGGAACGCGACAGAUUGAAAAGCUGCUAUACAAAAAUGAGCAGCUGCGUCAAUCGAUGAAUACUCAGAGCAUCCUCUCCUCAGUUUCAGCGGUUGACUCAUCCACUGCACAGAAGGGUGGUGCUACAACUCAAGAAAACGAGAGACUCAGGACCGAGCUGGCUAAUCUCCAAGAAAUGCAACAAGCAGAUAAGAACACUAUACAGGCUUUAAAUGAGGAGAUCGCAAGGAUUAGCCAAGAGUCCAGUGCGGUAAGGGAGUUAGCAACGACUCUGGAGAGCAGCCUUCAAGAAGCACGGGCCGAAAACGAUGACCUUAGGAGACAGAUAAGUCGUACCGACGAUUCCAUGCACCGGCUAUUCACGGAAAGCAAAACGUUGGCAUCAAGAGUACAGCAACAACAGGCCACCAUCGUAGACUUAGAGGACCAGUUGACGAAGGCACGCGCAAGGACCCCACCGAAUAUAGGCCGGCAAUCUGACACUGGUAGCAGUAAAUAG